AUGCGGCGCUUCACCCCACUCUACGCUCUCUCGCUCCUACCCUCCCUCGUUUCCGCACAGAGUCUCGGCAUCGAAAUCACAAAGCCGGUCGAGUGCAGCCGCAAAACGGAGAAUGGCGACAAGAUAUCCGUGAAUUAUCGGGGGACAUUGCAGAGCGAUGGCACAGAGUUCGAUGCGAGCUACAAUAGAGGGCAGCCGUUUGAGUUUACAUUAGGGAAAGGGCAGGUCAUACAAGGAUGGGACCAGGGCCUGCUGGACAUGUGUAUAGGCGAGGGCAGGAAGCUCACAAUCCCGCCGGCGUUGGCAUAUGGAAACUCGCAAAAUGGGCCGAUACCUGCGGGUUCGACGUUGAUAUUUGAAACCGAGUUGAUGGGCAUUGAGGGCGUCAGCCCGGAAGCCGCUCCCCAGCGACCGACAGUUGCCCGCCCAGGCCAAUCUGCGAAACCCAGCGAGAUGCCAGCAGACACUCCUGCUCCAACACCAACCCCGUCUCCCUCCCCGGCCGAAGAAAAGCCUACAACAUCCGCGGCUCUAGCAGCCCAGCCCGCGGAGUCGACGGCCGCACAAGCCAACGCAAUGGAUAAUGAGGAUAACGGCGAGUGCCAUCUAUUAGGCCCCUGGGCCCUGAUAGUGCAGGGCGCGCUUGGGUUGCUCGCCCUUUCGUCGCUGGUCUACAAGCGAUGGAGGGAGACACCACGGCGGCCGCUCAGGAUCUGGUUCUUCGACGUGUCGAAGCAGGUGUUUGGCUCUGUGCUCCUGCAUCUAGCCAAUAUCCUCAUGUCGAUGCUGUCGUCGGGCAGCUUCGACGUGGCGGCAAAGACGAAGGCAACACCACAGUAUGCGGGGGCGGAUGACGAGGGGAACCAGCCAAAUCCCUGCUCGUUCUACCUCCUCAAUAUCACUAUCGAUACUACCAUCGGUAUCCCGAUUCUAGUCCUCCUGCUCAAAAUUCUCCACAGGGGCUUCCUGCUCACCCCGCUCGCAAAUCCUCCCGAGUCGAUUCGCUCCGGUAACUACGGCCACCCACCGCGCGCCACCUGGUGGCUCAAGCAGUCCAUAAUAUACUUUCUCGGUCUCUUCGGAAUGAAGCUCUGCGUCUUCAUCAUCUUCCAACUGCUACCCUGGAUCGCAUGGGCCGGUGACUGGGCGCUUCGAUGGACCGAGGGCAACGAGGCAAUCCAGAUCACGUUUGUCAUGUUCAUCUUCCCGCUAAUCAUGAAUGCCCUGCAAUACUGGAUCAUUGACGGCUUCAUCAAAGACCCAGCCAGCGGAGAGGGCCAUUAUGUUGCUGCGCCCGGAGAAGAGAGCGAUGUGGAAUCGGACGACGAGUGGCUCGAGCAGCACAGGCGAGCUAGGAGAGAAGACGAGGAUAGCGAUGUUGAAACCGCAGAGACGGAGCCGCUCAAGGAAGCCAACCCAACAACAAUACCUGUGCGGCGUAACAGCGGCAAGGGGAAGGAGUAUGAUCCUGAUCUUGAUGGAGCUCAUGAGCACGGGAGCAGCAGUCGGUGA